AUGAUUGACAAGAGUUGGAUUGAGAGUCCAAUUAAAUCGAAAGAAUUCUCGGAUGGUGUAGUUCAAUUUUUGGAAUUUGCCUUUUCAAAUGUGUCUAUUGAUGGAAAAAUUUUGUGUCCUUGUAUUAUAUGUGGAUUUUCUGUUAUGCGCAAUAGAGCUGAAGUGUUUAGUCAUCUACUUCAAAGGGGGUUUCCAAAAAAGUACACAUGUUGGCAUAUGCAUGGAGAAAAACAGGCUCAAUCCAGUGUAGAAUCAUUAUCCCGAGUACAAAAUGAGUCAGCUAGACAAUAUCCUAUGCAUGAUAUGCUGAAUGGUAUUUUUGGUUUCACAAUAAUGAAUUUCAAGAUUCAGGUCCAUAAGAUCUACCAAAUAAUGACAAUUCUAGAGGUUUUGAAGGUCUUAUGUGGUGCAACAGAGAAAACAUUUUCAAUGAUUCUUGAUCUUUUAAGAGAUGUGUUUCCACAUGCGAAACUACCAUCAUCAUUUUAUGAGUCAAAAAAGAUGAUUAAGAAGUUAGGUUUGGGCUACGAUAAGAUUGAUGCAUGUCCGAAUCAUUGUAUGUUAUAUUGGGGAUCAUCAGAGGAUGAGAGUCGAGAUAAAUGCAAGGUCUGUAAUACUUCCAGGUAUAUGUCAAACGAAAAUGAUAUUGGUGCAAAUGUUGUAAUUGAUGACCAACAUAGAAAGAAACCAAAGCCAGCGAAAGUGUUGCGGUACUUUCCACUUAUACCUAGACUGAAAAGGCUAUACAUGUGCUCUAAAACAACAGAGCUCUUGAAGUGGCAUGCUACAGAAGCUAAUUCGGAUGGGUUAUUACGACAUCCAAGAGAUGGCAAAGCGUGGAAACAUUUUGAUUCAUUCUACCCAGACUUUGCUUUGGAGACUCGUAAUGUGCGAUAUGCUUUAGCUACAGAUGGUUUCAAUCCAUUUGGAAAUCUAAGUUCCAGUGUAAGCAUUUGGCCUGUGAUGUUGUAUAUCUAUAACUAUCCUCCAUGGUGUUUUAUGAAGCAAUCUUCUCUUAUUAUGUCGAUGAUAAUUCCUGGUCCUAAAAUGCCUGGAAAUAGCAUUGACGUUUACUUGCAACCUUUAAUUGCUGAGUUAAAACAAUUGUGGGAUGGUGUAAAUGCUUAUGAUUCCUCAACUAAGGAAAUGUUUCAAUUGCAUGCUGCAUUGAU